AUGGCAAGGAUGCACACAGUCUUGUAUCUCCGCUUCCUUAUCAAUUACUCGCAGUUGAUGGACAGAGGUGCAUCCGACCAAUACUCGCAGUCAGAUUCGGCAUCUACCGCGCAGUACCCACCGCAACAAGAAGGGCGACCCUCGACCUAUCCUCCUUCUCAGCCAUCAACGUCUGAGUAUUCUGUGAAUCCAUCUUCGGCGCGUCCAGCAAAGUUGAAUCCAGAAUACGUCGCGCGUCAACACUACGCUCAACAACAGCUCAGUCACGCCAAUACAGGAAGUAUGGCUCAAGCAACAAGUCCGUCCAUGUCCUUGCAAGAUGGAAACUCGAAUGACCAUCAUCAUCCUCCACACAUUAAGUCUAACGCGGAUGUACCUGUAGAUCCAAACAUUGCUGCAUCAAGUCCUACCUACCCACCGUAUUCGCCAUACGCGCCCCACGACAUGAGUCAUUACCAAGGUCACCCACCGCCUGGAUACCCUCAACACUGGCCGCAGCAAUACGCUGGCCAUCCACAUGGAAUGCCUGGGGGACCAUACAGCUCGCCUGGGACAGGCGCUUCAGCCCAAGGAACCCCAUCCAGUGCCGGACCACGUUCGGGUCAGAAUCCUCACCCGCUUUCUCAGGUCUACUCUUUUGUUCCAAUUCCAGGUGCUCAACAACACAAGCGCCCUCGUCGCCGCUACGAAGAGAUUGAACGCAUGUACAAAUGUGGGUGGCAAGGAUGCGAGAAGGCAUACGGUACACUGAACCACUUGAACGCGCAUGUUACGAUGCAGUCGCAUGGCCAAAAGCGUACACCGGAAGAAUUCAAAGAAAUCCGAAAGGAGUGGAAGCAACGUAAAAAGGAAGAAGACAAUCAGCGCAAGGUUGAAGAAGAGAGAGCGCGCGCUGCAAACGGAGGCAGUGAACCAUCGGCCGACCCCAACCAACCUCCAGGAGGGCAGAACUACCCACCUGGACCAGGCCGGCCUCAGCUACCUCCGAUUGGAUACGCGCCAGCCAGUGGUCAAGUUCCAUCCGGCGGUUACCCAAGUGGAGUUGACCAAAUGUACCAGGCUCAGGGGAACGGCCAGGUCUACCAACAGUACCCGCACUCGCCCUACGGCCAAGGGCAACAAAUGUACGAACAACCUUGA